AUGAGUGGAAGGGGGAAAACCGGAGGUAAAGCUAGGGCGAAGGCCAAGACUCGCUCUUCCCGCGCCGGGCUGCAGUUCCCUGUGGGCCGUGUUCACAGGCUUCUGCGCAAAGGCAACUAUGCCGAGCGCGUCGGCGCCGGCGCUCCCGUCUACUUGGCUGCUGUCCUGGAGUAUCUGACCGCUGAGAUCCUUGAGUUGGCUGGCAACGCCGCUCGCGACAACAAGAAGACCCGUAUCAUCCCUCGUCAUCUGCAGCUGGCCGUUCGUAACGACGAAGAGCUCAACAAACUGCUCGGUGGAGUGACCAUCGCUCAGGGUGGUGUUCUGCCCAACAUUCAGGCUGUACUGCUGCCCAAGAAAACAGAGAAGAGCGCCCCAGCUACCGGCGGCGUCAAGAAGCCUCACCGUUACAGGCCCGGCACCGUGGCUCUGAGGGAGAUCCGCCGUUACCAGAAAUCCACAGAGCUGCUGAUCCGUAAGCUGCCCUUCCAGCGCCUGGUGCGGGAGAUCGCUCAAGAUUUCAAGACCGAUCUCCGCUUCCAGAGCUCUGCUGUCAUGGCCCUGCAAGAGGCUAGCGAGGCGUACUUGGUGGGUCUGUUCGAGGACACUAAUCUGUGCGCCAUCCACGCCAAGAGAGUCACCAUCAUGCCUAAGGACAUCCAGCUGGCUCGCCGUAUCCGCGGAGAGCGCGCUUAACUUAAACGGAGCGCUCCCAGCUUUUUCCCCAAAAGUACC